CUUAAAUGCAUUAGGUUAUAUUCCAAAAUAUUUAAACUAAAAUAUGGAAAAGUCUGUAAUAAAAUUUUAUGGUGUAGGAAAUGAAUGGGGUGAGUUCAGUAAUUUUUUUAAAGCAGAAAUUUUGAUUGACGGAGAGACCUGGCCAACAACCGAACAUUAUUUUCAAGCUCAAAAAUUUCCAUCGCAACCUGAAAUCCAACAAAAGAUUAGAAAUUUCGAAGAACCUGGCCAAGCAGCUAAGUUUUCUCGUAAACAUUCAGGUCUACGUUCAGAUUGGGAACAAAUUAAAGAUGGUGUUAUGCGUAAUGCUUUAAGUGCAAAAUUUACUCAACAUCAAAAUUUAAAAGAAAAAUUAUUAAGUACAGGAGAUGCUGAAAUUGUUGAAGCUUCUCCAACUGACAGUUAUUGGGGUAAUGCUACUCGGAGUGAUGGAAGUGAAGGUUUUAAUAAGUUGGGACGGUUGUUGAUGGAAAUUAGAGAAAAGUUAGCAAAUGAGCAACAAGAAUAGUAAUUUUACGAGAUAGUGAUUUUUCAAUUUUCGCAAAUCAUUUUGAUAGUUUGAAAUACAAUCAUGUAAGGGUGCAGUAUUAUUUAAAACAAAUUCGAUGUUCAGCGAACUUAGAGAUUGUGUCGCCGCAUGAAAAAAAUAAAUUGAAAAAGAAAUUUCCUUGAUUGAUAGUUUUAACUCUUAGUUAUAAUAGUUAAGAUCAAUAAUGAUUACUUCCUGUUUU